GCCUGUACUGUUUGGAAGUGGACACUAUCUGUUCUCACGGUCUGACAAGUGGGCAACUGGCAGUAAAGAAUUCUUCUUGAAAACAUUUACUGUGUGUAAAAUCACACAUGCAAAAGAGAAGAAGGAAAGCUAGAAAAAAUGUCAAGUGAAAUUAUUAGAAUGUCAUGGACUUCAGUACGGUUUGCAUUGUCUUGACAAAGUGGAUUUUAUGGAAUCAUUUUUUACAUUGAAUUCACAACAGAGUAAGUGUCAACAUGAAUCACCGAGCUACAGCCCGGAAGACAAGAGGUGAUAAUUAUCUGAGCAUAAAGGACUCUGAGUCCCUUGACACCUGCAUCCAGAACACACUCUCUGCAUUAUACCCUCCUUUCGAGGCCACAGCUGCCACUGUCCUGUGGCAACUUUUCAGCAUAGUUGAAAAGCUGUAUCGAGGAGAUGGCCUCAGGUGCCUAAUUGAUUUUCUUGUCCCUGCCAAGAGAGUCUUACAGUGGAUUCAGCAAGAAACCUGUGCUAAAUACACUGGUCUUAUUUUCUACCACGAAGGCUGGCCACUGUGCAUCCAUGAAAAAGUGGUGGUACAGUUAGCUUCUCUUCACAGAGUCCGUCUGAAACCAGGGGAUUUCUACUUACAAAUUCUUCCAGCUGGGAAACAGUCAGCAAAACUAGUUUUGAAGUGUCUCUCCCGACAUGGACAAGGAACAGAAGAAGUUAUUGUACCUGAAACCAUGUAUGGAUGUGUUUUUACAGCAGAAUUUUUGGAAAAUGUAAAUUGUGAAAGGGAGAGCAUUCCCUUGCAAAGUUGCUUACUUACCACUGGAACAGCAGUCUAUAGAACUCCUUGGAAGAACAUAGUGAAUCCUAUUUUUGUCCCAACAGCUGAAACAAUCCUGCAUAAUUAUUCCAGUAGCCCUCUCCUUGCCCAGUUAAUCAGCAGUAAUACUGAUGUGAAAACAAUGACACAGACCAUGGAGAGCAAUAGUUCACAUGACAGUUCCACUUCCAAUGAUACUGGCUCUACAGUCAUAGAAGCAACACUUACCGAUAAUCAUGGAAACCAAGGGAGUGAAGUGUAUAUUCCAGUUCAUGCUGCAGAAAGUAGGGCUGAUUUAGAAUUACCUGGGACCCCAGCUGAGGAGAGCAAAGGAGAGCACAUAAAUCUCAGUACGCUGACUGAGGAGUGCCCCAGCAUGAUGGACAGUGUUUUACCACAGGCCGCUGCGCCUGAAAUGACACCUGAGGUAUUUAGAGGUGGAGCAUUAUCUCCUAUAAUGGAGAAAAAGAACAGUAUCAAAAGUAUAACUUUCAGCACGGAUUUGAGCAGUCCUUGUCCAAGAAGACGACAACUCAGGGAUUCUUCAUAUUUUGAGACAAGACGCUUGUUUAGAAAGUCAUACAUAGAAGCUUUGCAAAACCCAAUGAAUCUUGGUUCCAGCUCAGAGGAGUCAAUUGCAGAAGAAGAAACUUCAGACCAGAUAGUGGACUCACAUGAUACGAAUGAGGACUUGAGAAUCUCUGAGAGCAAAUCUUGUGAGAAAUAUAUUCAUAAGGAAGAUCUUCUUGGAGAUAGACUUGCACCAAAGGAGGAAACAAGAGAGGUCAGAAGGCCUGAAGAUUGUUCCCAGGCCUCAGAAAAACUGCUUGCACCUCAUGAAACUUUCGCGGGAGCAGAUUGCAGGGCUGGACCGAGAAGGUCUCAUUCUUUAGAUAGGUCACAUAAGAGUUUUCAUGAUUUUCCUCAGCACUCAACAGUAAUAGACUCAAGAGACAGUGUCCAGGGUGAUGAGUGUAACACAAUUACAAAUGCAUUGCCUGGGUUAUUCCACUGUGAGAGUGAGCUGCUGUCUACAAAUCCUGGAGAACUUUGCCACAGGUUACCAAACCAAUUACUUGAAAUCAACCAGGAAUUACUGCAAUCUGGAGCCCUUUCUCUAUGUGGAAGCAGAGACCGGGGAGGCAGAGCGGUGGUGCAAGUCUGCACAAGAAAUACCAUCUGGUCAAGUGAACAUUCCACAAACACAGAGCUUGCUCGCCUUCUGAUGUAUUUCUAUAGCAUUCCCAGGAAGGAAGUACGUGAUCUGGGGCUCGUUAUUUUAGUGGAUGCUCGUAAGUGCCAGCCUACUCCUGGUCUUUUCAAAGCUUUCACCGCAUUACAGAGUUCAGUCCCUCACUCCAUUCAUAGUGUCCUCAUAUUGACCGAUAAGGAAUCCGCAUUUAGACCUGACAAAGAUACUACAAUACAGUAUGAAGUCCUCACAUCACUGAAGGCUCUGCAAAAGCUCAUUGACUGUACCCAGUUGACAGCAGAAUUUGAUGGAACCUUUCUGUAUAACCACCAUGACUGGAUGCGUUUCCGAAAAAAACUGGAACCCUUUGUUUCAAACUGCAAAGAGGCCAUUGUCUUUCUACAGAACUCAGUCUGUUCGCUGAACUCUAACAGAACUCUAAGUACAGUGCAAGAGGUCAGUGACUUAAUCGAGAAACACAAGACAAUGAUGAAACUUGUUUUGGAAGAUGCCUUGUUGGUAACAUUAAGGCUAGAGGGUGGGACAAUCCUCGCAAGACUCCGGAAAGAGGAAUUCUGCAAUACUGAAGACUACCGAGAUGCCAUGGAGGCUAUAACAAGAUUGUACAAUCAGGUAGAUGAGGAGGUCCACAGGUUGGUUCUCAUUUCGAACAAGUGUCUGCAACAACUGGAGAAUCUCCAGGAAAUAAGAAAAUUUGAAGAAGAUUGUGACCAGAUAAAAUUCUGGUUUGAAAAUGAAAGUGAGAAAUAUCUUGGCCCUCUAGAUCACAAGUUGCUUUCACUGGAAAGUGUAAAGAAGCAGCAAGAAGAAUUCACAGUUUUCAGUGACAAAGUGAUGCAGUAUUACGAGAAAGGGCUGGAGCUGAUGCAAAAGAACUGCUCACUGAACUUGGAAGAAAAAGUUCAGACCUUCAGGAGUUAUCUGAGUGAUGUCAGCACACAGACAGAGAAAAGGAAGAGUGAGCUAGAGAAGCUGGUCCACUUAUAUGAGUUUUACGAGAUGGCACAUGGGUGGAUGUUACACUGCAAUGAGUAUCUUGAACAUCUUACCCUGGAGAACAAAUAUUCUGAAUCAGUGAUUGAGAGUUUGCAGAGCUACCAACAAGAAGCUACAAAAGUUUCUGCUCAAAACUUUCAAAAAGUGAAUGAGAUGGUAUCGGGCCUGGCUAGCAAAAAGGAACUAAAACAGUGGAAUAUUUUGUGGCUGAAAUGUCAGCAAACAAGGCACCAUUUAGAAGAGGUCCUUUCUGAAGCUCUCAAAGGUUUCAAAAAGGAAAAUUCUCACAGAGUCCCCCAGGAAGUUGAUGUAAAAAUUAACUGUGAGUUUGAUUCUGAAGGUGCCAGAGGACCAAGUCAGUCCCUUUCCCAAUUCUUGUCUAGCCCUGAUGGUAACAUUUGGGAUAAUAAUGUUAAGCCAUUGCAUAAACCUCAGCAUACUAGCCUGCCAUCAGGAGUGCCACCUUUUUUUGACCAUGAAAAUGCGCAUCAAAAUAUGGAUGUAUUUGUACAGUUUAAUGCAUCUCCGCAACAGACACUUACUCCGCUCCUGGGUGGGCUUCAAAGGACUAGCCCAAUCUCAGAAGAUAUGGACAAUGUUUCCAUCUCAGGAUCAGCAUCCUGCUAUUCUGAGCCACUCCAGUCACCAACUACCCGCCAUAGAAAACAUCCACAAAAGAAAAUCAUGAAGAAAACUCAAAGCUUUGAGUUUACUCAGCUUGAGAGCAGCCACAGCGAGGUGCAUCGCCAUGGAUACACUGGUGUUUAUAUCAAAGGAUUGGAGGUGGCCAGCAACAUUGCUGCUGAGAAGAAAUACAUGCAGCGCUUGAAUAUUAAAAGCCCUUUGAUUAGUAGAAACCGAAGUUUAUCUUCCCCCUCAAGGAUCCACCAUACAGAAGAAGAAGAAUUAAAAAAGAGAGCAGGAAGCAGCAAAGUGCAACAUAUAAUGGAUGAAAUGAUCACAACAGAAAGGGAAUAUGUUAGAUCCUUAGGAUAUAUCAUCGACAACUAUUUUCCAGAAAUGGAAAGAAUCGAUUUACCUCAGGAUUUGCGAGGGAAGCGGAAUAUUAUCUUUGGGAACCUGGAGAAGCUCUAUGAUUUCCAUUGCCAGUAUUUUCUAAAAGAGCUGGAACAUUGCAGAGACUUCCCACUGCGUGUCAGCCACUGUUUUCUCAGACAUGAAGAACAGUUUGGAAUGUACGCAUUAUACAGCAAGAACAAACCACAGUCAGAUGCUUUGCUUACAAGCCAUGGAAAUGCCUUCUUUAAAAAUAAACAACGGGAUUUGAGUGACAAGAUGGAUCUGGCUUCCUAUUUACUGAAGCCUAUUCAAAGAAUGAGCAAAUAUGCUCUUCUUCUAAAAGAUAUGAUCAAAGAGUGCACGAAGACCCAGGAGCAGGAGCUCAAUGAUCUCAGGGCAGCCGAAGAAAUGGUGAAAUUCCAGCUUCGACAUGGAAAUGACUUGCUUGCAAUGGAUGCCAUUAGAGGGUGUGAUGUCAAUUUGAAAGAGCAAGGACAGCUGAGGUGUCAAGAUGAGUUUAUUGUUUGCUGUGGAAGAAAGAAGUAUUUGAGACAUGUCUUCCUUUUUGAAGACCUCAUCUUGUUUAGCAAAACAAAGAAGAUUGACGGGGGAUACGACAUCUAUAUGUACAAACAGUCAUUCAAGACUGCUGAAAUUGGGAUGACAGAGAAUGUUGGAGAUAGUGGUCUGCGAUUUGAAAUCUGGUUCAGAAGGAGGAGGAAAUCCCAGGACACAUACAUCCUUCAAGCAAACUCGACAGAAGUUAAAAUUGCUUGGACCAAUAUCAUAGGACGGAUACUUUGGAGACAGGCUUUGAGAAACCGAGAACUCAGAAUGCAAGAAAUGGUGUCAAUGGGAAUAGGCAAUAAACCUUUCAUGGAUAUCAAGCCUAGUGACGCAGCCAUAAGCGACCGAGCAAUCGAUUACAUUAUGAAGGGAACAGAAUCGAGAUCUCGAGCAUCAAUAGCAGUGUCUUCAUUUGACCACUCCACUCCAUUUAAAAGGCCGCAUUCCACUAUCUCAAACAGUAGCACAUCUUCUUCAAGCAGCCAGUCCUCUUCUUCCAUUUUGGGUUCACUGAACCUGCAUGUGUAUUCCAGCCCACCUCAUCCAGGCUUACUAGGACCACCCUUCUACCAAUGGUCCUAUGAUAUUAGAACCUGCAUUGAGGAAGAUGAGCUGGAGCAGGAAACUGGCAGUCAGCCUUCAAUGAUCACAGAGAGUUCAGAGUCAUCCCAGUGCACUUCAGGUGAAAGUAUGAGUUGCUUUAGUAGUUCUGCUCAUCCUGGAUUGUCCCAGCUCUCUACAGACACAUUCUUGGAUGAAGGUGCUUCAAAUCCUGACUCUAAGCCACCUUCCCAGUGCACAUCUCCUGCGCUCCCUGAGAAGAAUCCUAGAUCAAAACACACCAACCAGUAUGUCACAGCGAACAAAACCUCUCAUGUAUUAGGCCUCUCAACAAUGGUUUGACUGACAGGCAUAAAUUCACUAUGAGUCAAAUUACUAUGAAGACAUUUUCAAGCCAUCCUGACCUUGCUGUUGCAGAUCAUCCCAAAUUUACUUUGUGAUGAAAAACCUGUGACACACUUCAUGGACUCUCUCACUGGAGGCUUCAGCAGCAGCAAAAUAAAAAUUGAAAUAUUUUUUUAAAUGACCAGAGAACAUGCAUCUUCAUUUUUGUUUGUCAUUUUAAAAGCAGUUUUGUUGCAGAGUUUAAUCUGCACUUCCAAAACAUGAACUAAAUUCUGCUCUCAAAUAAGCAUACAAGCUGCUGAUUCCAGAGGUUGCAUUCAAGGCUUGCAAGGGUAGAUCUUGGCCCUGUGUGUGUGACAACUCAAAACGUUAUUUUCUGUUUUAACCUGAAUCUUGUAUAUAGCAGAUGAUUGUUGUAGAUGUUGCUAUAUUUUGUGCAAUCCUGUAAAUGUAGAAAUCCUUAGUAAAUGAACUAAUAUCUGUACAAAAGGAAGAACACAAACUGCUUGAAACUUUUAUAAAUUAUAUUUUAUUGACUCACAUUUUAAAUCGCUCAUUACAGCCGACCCAUUUUUAUAUAAUUACUCGUGUCUCCUCCAGCGCAUCAUGGGAAAGUGAGUUGCUGCAAUGAAUCGUAGUAAAUGUGGACUUGUUAGAAUAUGGCAGUUUCUAGAAAUUACAAUUAGAAAUAAUUAUUUGUAUGCAUUUUCAAAUAUCAGAUAUGAAAAAAUACUAUUCAGGAGCUGCUGAAAACAGUUUGACUUUUGUUACUUCAAA